AUAAAUUGUCUUUUAUCGCACUUUUUCGUUCGGAAUAAUUUAUAAUACUGACCACUUGAUAUUUUUUGCCUUUUUUAUAUAAAACGAAAAAAAAGAACCAAGGAGCUGCGGUGUAUGUGCUCAAAGCCCUUCAUUUUCCAAUUAAGAUCAUAAACAACAAAGAAAUUCUAUAUUCAAAAAACAAAAAAAAGUUAUUAUUAUUACAUAUAUACUUUAAUUAUUUACCUACCUAGUCUUGAAUUAUUAUUUCAUGUUAUAUUGUUGUUGGUUUGAGUGAUUGAUCAAUAAUCAUAUUGUUGGAAGAAAAAAAAUGGGGAGAGGAAGAGUGCAAUUGAAGAGGAUAGAAAACAAGAUCAAUAGACAAGUAACUUUUUCAAAGAGAAGGUCUGGUUUGUUGAAGAAAGCACAUGAGAUCUCUGUUCUUUGUGAUGCUGAAGUUGCUCUCAUAGUUUUCUCUACUAAAGGCAAACUUUAUGAUUACUCUAGUGAUCCAUGUAUGGAAAGAAUUCUCGAACGAUAUGAGAGAUAUUCUUAUACGGAGAGGCAGCUUGUUACCAAUGAUCAGUCACCAAAUGAAAAUUGGGUUCUAGAACAUGCAAAACUGAAGGCUAGAAUGGAAGUACUUCAAAGAAAUCAAAGGAAUUAUAUGGGAGAGGAUUUGGAUGGCUUAAGUCUCAAAGAGCUUCAAAAUUUGGAACAACAACUUGAUUCCUCUCUCAAACACAUUAGAUCACGAAAGAAUCAAGUCAUGUAUGAAUCUAUUUCAGAACUUCAGAAAAAGGAUAAGGCACUCCAGGAACACAACAACUUGCUUUCCAAGAAGAUAAAGGAAAAAGAGAAGCAACUUGCUCAAGAGGAGCAGCAAAAUAGUAUGGAGGUGAAUCCAAUUGAAACUCAACAAUUGGAAUCCAUGAUAAUUCCUGCAGGAGGCUCUUUACAAGGGAAAUUUAAUGAAGAAAAUGCAGCAAAAACUCAAGGUAGUGCCAUUAAUCUUCCAUCUUGGAUGAUUCGUCCUAUAAAUGAAUAGCAGAAAAGGGCAAUUAUACACUGUACCAAUGUUCCUUUAUUACAAACACAAAUACAAGUUGUAGGAGCCUAUAAAUUAUAUAUCAUCAAUAUAGGCAUAUGAUGGGUGAUGACUCAAUGUGAGCACCUACCUGCAUAUUGUAAUUGUGCAAUUAGGUAAAGUGAUCUGACUCAACUUCAUUGUUGCUGGGCCUUAUAUAAAUAUAGGCCUUAUAGUACUUCUAUAAUGUACACAUGCAGUACUGUUUUUA